UUCAGUCGGAAACUGAACGUCGCGAACGCCGCCGCCAUCCAAAAUUGUCGCUGCCAAAGUCGCGACAACUUGCAACACCUUUAAACCAACAUACCAGCAAUAUCAUAAUCAAAAUCAUAUAACCAAUCGAAAUCGAAAUCGAAGUUCAUCUGUUAAAAAGAAUUCAAGGAAAUCAAACCGUGUCACUUUUUUAUUAUUUUGUAUAUUUUUUUUUUUGGAAUUUUUUACUGUGCGUGCAUCGGCAUAAACAUUGGAAUCGCCAGCUGGUGGCAUCAAAAAGCUGGAGAGGUGGUGCUAAUCCCAUAAAGAGCACAAUAAAAUCAGCGAAAGUUGCAAAAUGCAUUCCACGGCAUGCGGCGUAGGUGCCUCGGCCACAAAUCUCUCAACACUGCAAUCCUCCAGCACAGCGGGGACGGGAACAGGAACAGGAGCCGGUGCAGGAGCAGCAGCGGAUGCCCACAAAAUGGUGCACCAUAGCAACGAGGAUGCCAUGAACAAGAUUCCACUGAAGUCCGCCGGAGGAUUGGACUCGGACGAGGAGAAGAAUGGAGGCGAACUUAUGCAGGACACAGCUGCCGCCGAAGAGGCGCGACGCGAACAGAUGCGCGUCAAGGUCUUGGCCUGGAUGAAGAAGCUGACCAUCGUGCUGAUCUGUUUUAUUGGCAUCGCCCUCAUUAGCUACGUGAUCAUCAGCCUGUGUUUCAGUGACUGGCCAAAAUCGACGCCAAAUAGAAACAGCACCACAACAACAACAACAACGACGACGACAACAACAACCACAGAGUCAGCAAUAGCAACAACAGCAACAGAAAUUGCAAUUGCACUUGCAACGGCAACAGAAAUUGCAAGUAGCUCAGCACCACCAAUAGCACCGGCAACAGCAACAACAAUAGCACCAUCAGCAACAGCAAUUAGCACCAACAACACCACCACAACAGCAACAACAACAAGUACAACACAACAACCACCACCAACAACAACAACAACAAGCAGAACAGAAAGCAAUCCCAGCCCCACACUUAAAACAUUUCAUUUAACAGAUGAGCAACAGCAACAGGAAACGGAAACGGAGACCGGAACCGAAAGUAUUGACAACCUAAAUCUGAGAGUAUCAACACCAUCAGACGACAACCAGCCCAAUGUGGCUGCUUCAACAGCGGCAACCACAGCAGAACCACCCGCCUGGCUGAAAGAACAGAUCAGGAUCGAUACCAGUGAGCACUACGAGUCGGUACUCGGGGCCUAUCAGCAUGGAGCUGUGAGCUCUGAUAAUCUCGAGUGCAGCAAGAUCGGAAGUGGGAUCCUUCAGAAGAAUGGCAGUGCUGUGGACGCAGCGAUCGCCGCUCUUCUCUGCAAUGGACUAUUGACCUUGCAGAGCAUGGGCAUCGGUGGCGGCCACAUGAUGAACGUUUACCAGCGGGAUAAGCGGCAUGCCACCGCCAUCGAUGCUCGGGAAGUAGCUCCAUAUGAUACUGAUGAGAAUACGUUCGACAAGAAUCCGGAGCAGUCGUUCAAGGGACCGUUAAGCAUCGCUGUGCCGGGCGAGGUGAUGGGCUAUUAUGUGGCUCAUGAGAAAUUUGGACAGCUGCCUUGGUCAGAUCUGGUGGCACCAUCGCUGAACCUGUGCGAGAAGGGUUACCAUGUCUCGCAGCACAUGGAACGGGCUCUUGAUGCCGCUUUGCCGUUCAUCAAGAAGCACGAGCAGUACCAAAUCUAUUUGAAUGGGGAAACGGGUAAGCCACAUGCGGCCGGAACCGUUGUGAAGCCACCAAAGAAUCUCUGCAAGACGUACAAACUUUUGGCCGAAAACGGGCCGUUGGACCUGUACAAUGGAACUUUGGCCAAGAUGCUGGUUGAUGACCUAAAAGAUAUUGGCAGUGUUAUUGUAGCCGAUGAUUUGGAGGCUUACCAGGCCGAUGUGAUGAAUUCGAUCACCAUGGAUUUGGGUGACGACACACUGUAUGUGGUCCCACCAGUCAGUUCCGGUUCGUUGGUGGCCCACACAUUGGCCAUCCUGCAGGGCUAUAAUUUUACAGAACAGGAUCUGGCCACCGAGGAGUCGAGGGCCCUUACUAUCCAUCGAUUUGUCGAGGCCAUGAAGUUUGCCUUUGCUCAGCGCCCGGAAUUGGGCGAUAUGCAUUUCAUCGAUGCUCGAGAAAUUGUCAGCCAACUGAAUAGUCCGGACUUUGGUGACCAGAACCGUGCCAAGAUCAACGACUCCCAUGUCCUGCCCGAUGCUUAUGCGUAUGGUGCUACAUCUGCGACUAACGAGGAUCUCGAUGGUACUUCGAAUCUGGUUGUUUUGGCACCCAACGGAGAUGCCGUCUCUGUGACCAGCUCUAUAAAUGCCUAUUUUGGAUCCGGACUGAUUGGACCUCGGACAGGCAUUGUGCUAAACAACGGGAUGAACGACUUUUCGGUGCAGAACAAUUACUUUGGAUUCCCGGAGGCGCAGACGAAUAAGAUAGCUGCUCACAAGCGGGCGAUGUCCUCGCAAUCGCCAGUCCUGCUGGCUGACAGUUCUGGUGAUAUGCGUAUGGUCAUCGGAGCAGCCGGUGGCAGCAGGAUCAUUCCAGCCGUGGUUGAGGUGAUCGCCAAUGUAUUGUGGUUUGGUGAUGAUCUGCGCAAGGCAGUUGAUGCGCCCCGGUUCUAUCAUCAACUGCUGCCCGAUGUCCUGGAAUACGAAGACAGUGGAUUUCCGGAUACAUUGCUAAAAUUGCUGGCCAAACGGGGUCACAAGUUGAAGGUCGUGUCCAGGACCAAGGGAUCGAUCGUUACGGCCAUUUCAAGGAAUGCCACAGCCAUCUAUGCAAAUGCUGAUUAUCGUAAACGUGGCGGAGUUGCAGGUUUCUAGGGUGUUUAAAGAAGUCCACCCACUCAACCACCCAUUCACUCACACACACCCACACACGCCACACACACAUACAUAUACUGCAUUGAGAUUAGAGCAGAUAUGCCCAAGAAAUAAGAGAAGAAUUUCCAUGAAAAAAGCAAACAAAGAAAACUAUUGGGCCAAUCUGGUUUAGAGAGUGGUAAAGCCGAUCGAUUCGCAUCAAGUGAAAGUAUUUAAGCUAGCUAUGUCUUUUUUACAUACUAUGUAUAUCGUACGUUAUAUAAAUUUAUAUGCUACUACCUAACUACUACCUUAUACAAUAAAAAAAAAAGAAAACAAAACAGAAAA